AUGGUCAAGAAGCAGACUAGCCCCGCCUAUGUCCUGGGCGUGGGCAUGACCAAGUUUAUCAAGCCGCGCGGCAAGGUUGAUUACAAUGAACUGGGCUACGAAGCCGGCAUCAAAGCCAUGUUGGAUGCCAAGAUUACCUAUGACGAUGUCGAUCAAGGUGUUGCCUGCUAUGUCUAUGGUGACAGCACCUGCGGCCAGCGCGUCUUCUACCAAUUUGGCCUCACCAAUAUCCCUAUUUACAACGUGAACAACAACUGCUCGACCGGCAGUACUGGCCUGGCUAUGGCCCGCACGAUGGUCUCUCAUGGUGCCGCAGACUGCGUUCUUGUCGUCGGCUUUGAGAAGAUGAACCCAGGAAGCUUGCAAUCUAUGUACAACGACCGUGCCAACCCGACCGGCCUAUUCGGUAUGAUGAUGGCCGAGACGCGCGGCAUCACCAACGCCCCCGGUGCGGCGCAGAUGUUCGGUAAUGCGGGCCGGGAGUAUAAGGAGAAGUAUGGUGCUACAAACGAGGACUUCGCUGAAAUCGCUCGCAUCAACCACGAGCACUCGAAGCGCAACCCCUACUCGCAGUUCCAGGACGAGUACUCUCUGGAGCAGAUCCUCAAGGCACCGAUGAUCCAUGAGCCCCUCACGAAGCUGCAAUGCUGUCCGACCUCGGAUGGCGGCGCGGCCGCCGUGAUUGUCUCCCAGGAAUUCCUCGACGCUCGCCCUCAUCUGAAGGAUCAGGCGAUCCUGAUCGCCGGUCAGACCCUGGCUUCUGAUACUGACCAGGUCUACAACCGCAGCUCCAUCGACCUGAUGGGCUUUGGGAUGAGCCGCUACGCCUGCCAGACCGCUGCCGCCGAGGCCGGCGUCAACGUUAAGGACAUCAAGGUGUGCGAGCUGCACGACUGCUUCUCGGCCAACGAGAUGAUCACCAUUGAUGCGCUCGAGCUAUGUGAGCCUGGCAAGGCCCACGAGAUGGUUCGCCGCGGCGAUAUCACCUACGGUGGAAAGAUGGUCAUCAACCCCUCCGGCGGCCUUAUCUCCAAGGGCCAUCCACUCGGUGCCACGGGCAUCGCCCAAUGCGCCGAGCUGGUCUGGCACCUUCGAGGCUGGGCCAACAACCGUCUGAUCGCGGGUACUGAUGCCGCUCUUCAACACAACCUGGGUCUGGGCGGAGCAGUCGUGGUGACCGUGUACAAGCGUGCGGACGGCAAGGUCGCUGCGGCCGUUCCCUCAGACGCCGUUGGUAAGAUCACUGGCCUUGGCUACAACCCUGCGGUUGAAGCUCGGGGGUUCACUGUGGAGCAGGCCAAGUCUGUGAUGAGCAAGAAGCACAGCAGUGAGUUUGCUGUUGCGGAUGCUCAGGAGCGGGUCCUUGCCCGCUUCUAA